AAGAAGGGAGAUGACGUAAGAAACGCUACGUGUUCAGGAAGUAAUCUCAUUCCAUCAACAUGGCGUCGCAACAGGGAGAAAUCGACGAAUUGUUCGAUGUAAAAAAUGCAUACUAUAUUGGCAGUUACCAACAAUGCAUCAACGAAGCACAGAAAGUUAAGCCAUCAAGCCCAGAUAAAGUGACUGAAAGAGACAUGUUUCUGUACAGAGCAUACAUUGCCCAGAGGAAGUACGGUGUGGUUCUGGAUGAUAUCAAGCCCAGCUCCUCUGCAGAGCUUCAGGCCGUCAAAAUGUUUGCCGAGUACCUUUCCAAUGAAGGCAAAAGGGAUGCUAUAGUGGCUGAUCUUGACAAAAAGAUGUCGAAGAGCGUUGAUGUAGCCAACACCACCUUCCUGCUCAUGGCCGCCUCCAUUUACUUCCAUGAGGGGAAUACGGAUGCAGCUUUGCGGACCCUGCACCAAGGAGAAAGUUUGGAGUGCAUGGCAAUGACCAUACAGGUGUUGCUGAAGCUUGACAGAGUUGAUUUGGCAAGGAAGGAACUGAAGAAGAUGCAGGAGCAGGAUGAAGAUGCCACACUGACGCAGCUGUCGACUGCCUGGGUCAACCUUGCUGUUGGGGGAGAAAAGCUGCAGGACGCAUACUACAUCUUCCAGGAGAUGUCUGACAAGUACUCCCCGACACUGCUGCUGCUCAACGGCCAGGCUGCCUGCCAUAUGGCCCAGAACAAGUGGGAGGAGGCUGAAGGCGUGUUGCAGGAGGCUCUGGACAAGGACAGUGGCCACCCUGAGACUCUGAUCAACCUUAUUGUGCUAACACAGCAUCUUGGCAAGGCGCCAGAGGUUACAAACCGCUAUAUGUCUCAACUGAAAGAUUCACACAAAGCACAUCCAUUUCUUAAAGAAUAUUUUACGAAGGAGAAUGAAUUUGACAGACUGGCCAUGCAGUAUGCUCCCAGUGCAUAAGAUUUGCAUGCACAUUUGUAAAUCCCCCUGAUUUUACUAAAAAAACAACAUUGUCAAUGGAAAAUGCAAAGGCAGUUGUACAAAUAUUUAAUCUUGGUAAAUGAAAAUGAGUGACUAGUCCCAGCAUAAAUGUAUAUUUUUAUGUUAAGGACAAUUCACGUGAGGCUGAAUAUCGAAAAGAAAACAAUUACAAUAAGAGUAGUCAUUUUUUAAACGGCUGAAAAGUUUAAACUACUGUGAAUCUACAACAUUAGUUUCCUUUUCUGCUGUAGUGGCCAAGUCAUUCAUUGCCUCCAGAACAUCUGUUAAGGACACACGUUGCCUGAGAAGGCUGCCUGGUUUCAUUCUCUCGUUGAGUUCAGUGUACUGAUAUGUAUCGUCUUUCCUAAGCAUUCCUUCAAAUUGAGAAUAAACUUUGUGUGACUAAG